CAUUAAAAUGACAAUACUUUCAUGAGAUUACUGAUGGACCGAUAAAUAUAUAUAUCGAAAUAGAUGACCAAAGGUUCCUUUUGUCCGUUUGUCCAUAAAGAUCCAUUGAAAUACAACAUAUUCAUAAAUAACGCUAUUCUAAGAUCACACAGGCGCCACCUGGCGGCUCCCACGAGUUCUACAAAGGGGAGUGCCAGUGGUGGCGGUGUGGCUGCUGGCGGGGGCACUGGUCUCCGCGCAGAUUACCUUCAGCCGCGACUGGACGGGGGGCAAGCGGGCCGCCCCCCAGUUGGCUUUGGACUGCGCCCAGUUUCCACGAUUGUGUCGGCAUUUUGUUAUACGACGAGCAAGCACCGGCGAGAAGAAACCGAAAACAAGGUCCCUCCCAUUUACGACGAUGACAAAUAGUUCACACCGUCCACUGUCCGCCCGCCAUUAUUAAAAUGACAUGUUCUUAUUUUAAACAUUAUUUAUUUGAUUGCGAUCUUUUUAAGAUAUGUAUGUGGCCAGUGAUAUAUAAAUUUGUCUUUUUUCAAUGUUGCCAACACAACUUAUAAUUAUGUACCAACAUAACGACUUUGGUACUUAAUACUUAAGCACAUAACCCAAUGUAUUGAAAAUGUUAUCAAUAUUUAUAUUAUAUCUACUAAAAUUAUUAGUAAACUAAUAAUGUUUGCUUUUGGUUUUUGUGUUUAGUUAUCCAUUAGGGAUUUUCUGAUUAGCGAGUAUAUGGUUGUGCUAUGUUUGUAUCAUCAUAUCAUGUAAGUAAUAGAUAUCCAUAAUAAAGUAGUGAUUAGUAAGUAUUAACGUACUAGGCUGGCUAGUCCAUUAAGGCUGGGAAAAAUGGCUUAAGCUCUUCUAGUCAUUGUUAAGCUAUAUUUAAGAUCAUUUAAUUACUUCAUUUACAUAUUUUUAUUGAUGAUAUUUAAUUUUAAUGUGUUAACAUUACGUGUAAAAGAAAAUUACAUAUUUAUUUUUUUGUAAAUAGCUUUUACCGCUGCAGCUUCACCUGUGUGAAUUAAGCGCGCGCCAAUUUAACACCACCGACAAAAGAAUACAGGUUUUUUGCAAAUCCCCAGCGGUACUAUAGUUUUUACCUGGAUGAAAAGUACCACCUAAAAUCUACCAAUGACUAUUUUCGAAGUUCUGUAUAUUAGUUUGAAUACUGACCGAUGCGAACGGUGAGGGAAAACAUCUGAAUAAACCUGCACAUUCAGGUAACUGGAGUGUAACCAUGUUCGAUCCAAUACGGGUUGGGUUCCCCUACACAGGUCACGAUGGACAGAUGGAAGUCGCUAGGUGUAAAAACCUGACUCGCCCAAUCCAGAAUCAAUGGUCAAAGGCAGCCAAGGAUCCUCUCCAGAGUGGUGAGGAUGCAACUGAAAUUAAAGCCAGGAGGAAGAGAUUUAACUUUCUUUCAGAAAUGUACUGACUGAAAAAUUUUAUUGUAUAUUAUAAUUAUUAUAAAUAAUUUUAUAAUUUUCGUUAACUUACGAUUUUAUUUAUUGGGUAAAACUUGUUAAUACCUUCGGCUGCUUCUACUCUUAAAAUAUUCGUAAUGAUUAACCAUAGAAUGUAAUUUUAUAUUAUACGAAUGUACAUGAAUGAAAUGCGCGACCUUAUGACAGAAAUGUAAGCCCCAAAUUGUAUAGUAGUAAUAAGCGUUAAAUAAAGAUAAUAAAGCAA